GGUAAGUCCAAAAAAAAUGAAAAAGUACCCCAAUUAACAAACGAAAAUGCCAAAAAAAGAAUAUACUCUACUGAAGAGUUGAUGUCGAAGCUCAAGCCGGAAGAAGUACAAGCCGUGAGAGCCAACGAAGGGUUGGCUGCCCAAUAUGGGGUUUAUUUUGAUGACUCCAAAUAUGAUUAUAUGCAACAUUUGAAACCUAUAGGUAAAAAUCAGGAUGCAGUUUUCAUAGAGGCCAAUGAGAAAAAGGAAAAACCUAAAAUGAAGGUUGAAGACUUGUUCAAAGAUCAAUUACCGUCAGAAAGUAAGCGUCAUGUCGAGUACGAUGCGUAUGAAAACAUUCCUGAGGAAUUCAGAGGAUUGAAUCCUGAUCUAGAUCCUAGAUUAAGAGAAAUCUUAGAGGCUUUAGAAGACGAGGCAUAUCUUAUUGACCAAGAAAAGAAGAAAAAUGAAGUAGCAGAAGAGGACGAUGACGAUAUAUUUGCUACUUUAUUACAAUCAGGAGAAGUUGAUGACGAAGAUGAUUUUUAUUAUGGAUCUGAUGCCGAUCAGUAUUAUGAUGAUUAUGAUGAAAACUAUGACGAAUGGGACUUGGACAACUACGAAGAUGAGUAUAAUGCAAAAUACGAAUCAGAUAAUUUCGAAGAACCAGAACAUGCAUAUAAUGAAGGGGAAGCUCCUGAAGAGUUGGAGGCUGCAAUAAAAGAUGAUGAAAUAGAAGCUCCGGUUUUAAACACUGGAUGGGAAAAAGAUUUCAUGAAGUUCAAAGCACAACUGAAAAACAAACCUAAUGAUUGGGAUUCAGACGAUGAAUUCGAAGAUGAAGAAGAUGACGUCUUGGCUGAACUACCUGUUAAUGAUAAAAAAGUCUCAAAAACAAAAUUAAGAAAGAAAAAGGGAGCCAUGACCGAUACUACCUCGUUUUCCAUGACUUCAUCUGCAUUAUUCCGUACCGAGGGCCUCACCCUUCUUGAUGAUCGUUACGAACAACUUUCCAAAAAAUUUGACAAGGAAGACGAUGACCAGUAUGAGGAGUUUGACAUGUCCAAGGAAAGAGGUGACUUGGAAGGCAUGUUGGAUGAUUUCUUAGACAACUACGAAUUGGAAAGCGGAGGCCGUAAAUUAGUUAAGAAGGACGAAGAGCAUAAAAGACUUCAAGAAGCUGCAGACUCGGUCUCCAAAGGUAAAGCCGCAGCAAGAAGACGUAAAAUGAAACAAACCUCUGCCCUCGACAAGCUCGGCGGGUCCUUUGGCAACAUGAAGAUAUAA